GAGACGCUGCGCAUUUUACGCACUCAGCGCGCCGGAUUCUUCAAUAAACCCAAACCGAGAGGAGACUCAGGAGUUCGCGGAGUUCUUCCCGAUGCUGUAGCGACAGAUCCGUGGAAAAGUGUGGGAAUUAAUCCAUAAAGAGGCGUAUGAAUCGAGGGUUCCUGCUGUCUGACGUUGGAUUGCGGGCCAUCUUCAUGAGUUGUCUACAGUCUACCAGAUUUGUUUAGUAUUAUUUUUAUUUAGCAUUUGGCAUUACCAGUGUCGAAGCAUCAGUUAGCAUUAGCAUUCAGUUUCUUGUUGACCCCAGCUGGCUGUCAUCACUGCGAGUUAGUUAAUGCCAUUGGUAUUAAAGUUACUUUGAGUUUACUAUUAGCUCUUCACAGGUCAGGUAGUUAACGUAGCUGCUGGUAUGGAGCGCAGUAGCUGGAGCGGAAGUGAGAGUGCAGGGGAGGACAUGGACAGACUGAGUGACUCAGGAGGGGAUAAGACCAUGGACGGGGACCCUGAGGGGGUCUGGAGCCCCGACAUUGAACAGAGCUUUCAGGAGGCCCUGGCCAUCUACCCGCCCUGUGGAAGGAGGAAGAUUAUACUGUCAGAUGAAGGAAAGAUGUACGGUCGAAAUGAGCUGAUAGCCAGAUACAUCAAGCUCCGAACAGGCAAGACGCGGACAAGGAAACAGGUAUCCAGUCAUAUCCAGGUCUUAGCCAGAAGAAAAUCCAGGGAGUUUCAAUCCAAAUUAAAGGACCAGAAUGCUAAGGAGAAGGCUCUGCAGAGCAUCUCCUCUAUGUCCUCCGCUCAGAUUGUCUCAGCCACCGCCAUACACAGCAAGCUCCUGCCUGGAAUAGUACGGGCCAGCUUCCCCAGCAAUGCACAGCUGUGGCAGGGGAUGAUUCCUGGAGGACAGUCCAGCUCUACCACAGAAGACAUCAAGCCGUUCUCUCAGCAAGCCUACUCUGUGCAGACAGCAGGGACCACCACAAUCUCAGGCUACGAGCCUCCCGCUGCGCCCCAAACACACAGAGAGCCGGCGUGGCAGGGUCGCUCCAUUGGCACCACCAAACUACGACUGGUGGAGUUUUCAUCUUUCCUGGAGACACAGAGGGACCAGGAGGCAUACAACAAGCACCUGUUUGUGCACAUCAGCCAGAGCAGCCCGAGCUACAGCGACCCCCUGCUGGAGUGUGUGGACAUCAGGCAGAUCUACGACAAGUUCCCCGAGAAGAAGGGCGGCCUCAAGGAGCUGUUCGGCAAAGGCCCGCAAAACGCUUUCUACCUGAUCAAGUUCUGGGCGGACCUUAAUCACAACAUGCAGGAUGACCCUGGGGCCUUCUACGGUGUCACCAGCCAAUACGAGAGCUCAGAGAACAUGACCAUCACCUGCUCCACCAAGGUCUGCUCCUUCGGCAAGCAGGUGGUCGAGAAGGUGGAGACGGAGUACGCGCGGUUUGAAAACGGGCGCUUCGUCUACAGAAUCAACCGCUCUCCGAUGUGUGAAUACAUGAUCAACUUCAUCCAUAAGCUCAAACACUUGCCUGAGAAAUACAUGAUGAACAGUGUGCUGGAGAACUUCACUAUUCUGCUGGUUGUGAGCAACAGAGACACUCAGGAGACCUUGCUGUGUAUGGCAUGUGUGUUCGAGGUGUCCAACAGUGAGCACGGCGCACAGCACCACAUCUAUCGACUCGUCAAGGAAUAACACACAGACUUACACACAAACACAAACACACACACACACACACACACACACACGGCCUUUGCUUGGUGAUUAAUGGUGACAUUGGAGGUACAAUGGCCAAAAACUGAAUUCUACAAAAGUGUCUUUCAGCCAAACAAUUUGACCUAGUGACGAAGAAGAGAAGGGCUGCCUUUUCACUGCUGCUCACAAAACAUCACAGCAAUAAUUGGGUAUUUUUUAAUUAACACCAGAUAUGACACAGUGUGCUGCAGAAUCCUCUUCAAGAGGAGCAUUUCAACAAACACAUAUUCACUCCAACCUGAAUAUCAGACGCUCAUUAGCUGCAGAAGCACAGUGGCAGUGCAGCCAUAGACACAUCAGAAUCGACCUGGGUGGUUUCCCCAAGAACAUCCUGACUCUGAUAUCACCAGGAGAUGCCAUGUCUCCUGCUAAUUGGUUUCUUCCCCUCUUUCUACCAGUAAAUGUGGAUUUGGCUUGCUUGAUGGUGGAAAUGAAAGUCUUAUUUCUGUCACAUGCUUUUGGGAAAAUCAACCCAGGAUGGAAGAAAGACAUCUCACAAUCUUUGCCCCCUGUGACAAAAGUGUGUGUGUGUGUUAUCUGCCAAGUACUGACGGACACUGAAGGUCAGACCCUGUGUAUCAUCAAUAACUAGAGAAGGAAAUAACACUACUGCAUUAUCAUAUAGUACAAUAUAGAGGUGGCUUUGUACAGAUAGCCACUGCAAAUUGUGUGAGUAGCAUUCUUGCACAAAAAAAGAGGUUGUGUCCCAAAGAAAAGAAUCAAAUUUUUACCUUUUUCUAUGUUUUCUUUAAAAAAAAAAAAAAAAGAAUAGCUUCUAAACUUUGGGAAAUUGUUUAUUGAUAGUAGCAUAUAGACUAUAUUUUAAUUCCAGGAACACUAUCUAAAAUGUAUGUUAAUAAGAAAUUAUAAGUGAAAUUGAAGAAUUCAGGUACCUUAUUGUGCAACAAGUGACUCUUCAUCAUGAUUGAAUAAAUAAAUCAGCAUGUUAAAGCUAUAAUCGGUAAGAGUUCAGUCCUGGCUUAUUUUGCGAUCAUUGUCAGCACUAACCCUGGUGACAAAUACAUUACGCUCUCUGUGACUGUUUCACAAUAAAAGCCACGCUGUGUUUCCUCAGUUGAAGGCUUUUAAUAUGAAGCAACAUCAGUAGGGAAAGGCUGGGUUAGCAGACAUGGAUUGUGUCCAUUGGCCAUUUGAAUCUGGGGCGGAAAUGGCGGACUCCGCCACUGACAAUGAAUACUACCAUAUUGAGGUGUAACUACAACAUUUAAAUAUAUGGAAUGGCUAAUGCUGAAAAAUAAUGCAGAGGGUUUGAUUUCAUGAUAAUCUAAUCUUAAAUAUUAAAUGUAUCGUGGUCACACCAUUGGGAAGCACUGUGAAUCUUUAAAACAUCAUUCAUGGUGUACAAAGGAAGGAAACCUUUCACACCUGUGAUUUUUCUGAUCAGGUUUCACUUUGCAAAUUAAACUUAGCUUAGUUCAAUAUUCUUGCACCAGCUAACUUGAGCUUUAACAUGUCCAUAUUGACAAAAAUGUUCAAGCCUGAAAUGUUAUUACGUCCAUAUUUAAAUUGAAGAUCACCCUGACCAGAAGCCUUGGCACCUGUUUUACAUUUAGAGCGUUGUCCAUGUCAGGACAGCUCGUUCAGCACUCUGUUUUUAACUCUGGAAAACAUAGUAGUUUAAGACACAGUUACCUUUAUCAGUUCAGGACUGGUUUCUACCAGUUAGAUAAAGAUAUGUCAGAAUUAAAGUAAUUUAUGAAUCAAAAACCAAAAACUGUUGAUGAAGUGUACUGUAGCAGGUGACGUUUGGUGGUUUGUCUGUGUCAUGCUCACCAGCAUGAAGUGCCUUUGGUUGGGAACAGCAGUAGACAUGUCUAAUCUGUUCUACAUAGGUCCUGAUAAUUUGGUGUUGUAGAUGGUGUAUAGACGGGCAAUUUUAGUGAAUAUAAAGAAUGCAUAAUUAAGUAUCACACGCACCAGUUUUCAGCGUCUGAGGGCUAAUUAUCCAAAUUCCUUAUUUAAUGGCUGUUUCUUGUUGUAAUUUGUAGACAGUCAGCACUGAACCAUCCUAAAGAAUCUUUACUGUAUUUCCCACCAGAUGUUAAUGAGUCACAUUCUUGUUUACUUGGUAUCUUAUGUCAGCAUUUACAUGUAUUUGCAUUUGUAUAUUACAUGUAUGUCUGACAGUUUCAUGUUAAAACAGCUUGCAUACUAGAUAUUGUCUGGUGCCUCAUUUAUAUAAAAUGCAACUUGGACUUGUUACUGCUAGAGAAGACCAUCUCAGAUCUCUGCUAUGAAAUAAUGGUCUAGCUGCAAGCAUGUUCAUCCAGUUGGAAGAAGUCCGUAUUGGUGAUGGUGUUUUCUUGAUAAACCUUUAAGAAAAAGUCAGAUAUUUUGGGCAAUACACUUAAUUUCCUUCUUGCUGACAGUUAGAUGAGAAGAGUGAUUCCACUCUUGUGUCUGUGCGGUGAGAAGCAGGAGCCAUGUUAUCUUAGUUAAGGAUAAGGACCAGAAACACGGAGAACAGCUAGUCUAAAUUCACCUUCCAGCACCUCUAAAACAUUCAAUUCAAUUCAAUUUUAUUUAUAUAGCGCCAAAUCACAACAACAGUUAUCUCACAGCGCUUUUCAUAUAAGGGCAGGUCUAGACCGUACUCUAUGAUGUUAUUUACAGAAGCCCAACAAAAUUAAAACAUAAUGGUUGACAUGGUAUAUGUCAUUUAUGAACCCACACAAAAAACAAAAUGUAAAAACAACAAGUUGUGGUUUGGCUACUGUGCCCAGCAAAGACAUAAUCCUGCAUUUAAACACUGCGUAAAACCACAACUGCUGUAGCUCCAUAUUUAUCGUACAGUCUUGUCUAACUCUCUGCGAGAAAGUGAAUAUGUGUGUUCCCCAAAAUGUCACAAUUGGCAUCCCACAUGGCCAAAAAUGUGUCAACACCUGGUCUUUAUCCAGCUUACUCAGCAAAGUAAAAAAGCUUCUUCUUGGUACAGACCCCAGACCUCCUCCUGACAGGCUGAUUUUGUAUACUUAGUAUGUCCAUCAUGUACACUGACACAGACCAACACAAACACCAAAAUUACAGUAUGUGCAUCUUAAUGAAUGAGGCCCAGAGGUUUUUUUUUUCAUUCUGGAACAAUGAAGAAUACAGUAUGCUGAUUAACACAGUGCCAAGACUCACAGGGUUACGUUUCCUGUGUGACCAGCUGGGAUGCUACGUGGUGUCCACAAUACCUAAUAACUUGCAGAGAAAACCUUGCAAAUAAACUUUAGGGCAGACCUGAAAUGAGCCAUCUUUAGAUUUGCCAUUGUCCAAAACCACUAUAUUUUGACUCCACCAUAUUUGUCUAAAGACUCCUGUGGGUGUCUCAGGGUUACAGUCACCUGUCCAAAACAAAACCCACAAUCCUUUCAAAACGCUGGUGAAUCAUGCUGUCAGGAAAACCCCAUUCAAAAUUCCCCUUUAACUUUCCCAGAGUUUUGUCUCACAGUACAGCAGCUUGUUGUUUGCAGGCACACUACUAGAGCUUCACUUCAGAGUACUGACAUGUAACAUACAGCCUCAGAGGGGCUAGUUUUGCAAUAAUGACUCUCUGUCUCACAAUAUCUACCACCUGCUUACCAAAGACAGUCAUCAUGUGACACAACAUACAGAGGAAAAUGGAUUUAUUACAAGCCAGAGUAACUUACAAGCUUCUGCCAAAUAGUUUCAUGGAAAAUAACCCUAGAAACAUCUGUAGCUUGUGGGCUACUCUGUAAAACUGUACAGAUGUAAGUAAAAACAACAAAAUAAACACAAAGUGAAGGAAAUGUGGUUAAAUGAAAGCGUGUUUUUGAACCUGGUUUAGAAAAGUGCAUUAACAUGUGUUUGCCUUUAAAGAUGUAUUUUUAAUUUGACCUUGUCAUGGACACCUCUUAUCAUCUUGGUUGGCAGACUCAAGAAGCCCUGUAUGAGAAGCUCACUGGAAACUGUGAUUUAUUUCAAUUAAAAUGUCUUAAACUGUCUAAAACUUUACAAGGACUCAACUGUAUAUCCACUCAUUAUAAUCAACUGGAGAACGUGCACACACUAAUAAACUCACACAAAAAGCAGUGUAUGCACGAUGCCCAAAGGUCUUUCAGAAGGUUUGAAAGUUCAGUCAACUGCUGAGUUUCUGAAUCAUCGUCGUCUGUGGUGUUAAUGUCGUCUCGUAUGUGCAAGUUGGAUAUUUAUCUUCUUUUCCGAACCACGCGUGGCACAGAAAUCUUGUCUGUAAUCAAUUCCAAAAUGGCCUUGAAUCUUUUUGCUCUGGUGCACGCGCAGCACACCUGUGUGUGUGCACUGAGGGUUUUUGAUAAGGUGCUUUGUAUAGAGGUGACAAUAACGUUUAUUACAGAUGUUGUGUAUAUCUUUGAUAUUCUAAUGUUUAUCCUAUUUUGCGAAGAAAGAGUACAUUUAGGAAAGUCCAAAAGCUGGUGAUGUGUGUCUAUUGGUACUGCACAGGGUCUGAUCUUUGCUUUGUAACUUUUUCCCCCCUCAUGGCUAAAAGUAUGUUAGAUAUUUUCUAGCUUUGUAGAGACUUUGUACGCAUAUGCUAUUCAGUUUAAAUAAAUGGUCAGUUCCAAACUGUG